AUUAACGUCAAAGAAUCUCGACAGCUCGUCACUCUCUCUUCCCCUCGGAGAGCCCAUACCCAACAAGACACCAAACAAAAGCACCGUCUUGCAGGAGCAACAGGCAAUCGAGCCGAACGCGUCUGCUUCCCUUGUUCUCUUCGUCAUCUCUGAACCUCGGCGAGUCCUCGAUCCGCAUCGCUUGAAGCAGAGAUUAGGCAGCGGAUGGCGAGUUCAAGCUGGAUUCAGUUUCAUUCGCACCGGAGCGUCGCUCUCGGUGCCGGAAGCGAGUGGAAGCUGCCGAUUCCUCCUCGGCGUUGUUGCGAUGUCGCGUCUUGUUCACUCCGCGGUCGCCGCUCGAUCGCCUUGAAGAAGCCGCUGCGAAGCAGAGUCCGUUGCAGCUACGAUGACGGCAAUCGGGGACCGCCGCAACAGCCGCCGUCUCAGUCCACGGGAGUUCGACUUUACAGCGAGAUUGAAAGAGUGCUCACUGAGACAGUACGCCAGUCUCAAAAUGCUUGGGGUAUUACAGGGGACUGGAGCCAAAUUGAGGGAGCUUGGGUCCUUAAACCAAGAAACUCACAGCCAAAUGCAGUUGUACAUUUUAUUGGUGGAAUAUUUGUGGGAGCUGCCCCUCAGCUAACCUACCGUCUAUUCCUUGAGCGGCUUGCAGAAAAGGGUAUUUUAGUGAUUGCAACACCAUAUGCCAGUGGGUUUGAUCACUUCUUCAUUGCAGAUGAAGUGCAAUUCAAAUUUGAUCAUUGUCAUCGGUAUCUACAAGAUGUAGUACAUGAUCUUCCUACUUUUGGCAUUGGACACUCAUUGGGAUCCGUCAUCCACCUUUUAAUUGGAUCGAGAUAUGCGGUGCAAAGAAAUGGAAACAUAUUAAUGGCAUUCAACAACAAGGAGGCGAGCUUGGCUAUUCCUUUGUUUUCACCUGUUCUGGUUCCAAUGGCCCAGAGCUUGGGUCCAUUUUUGUCCCAAAUCGCAUCAUCACCAACAGUCAAGCUAGGGGCAGAAAUGACUAUUAAGCAAUUAGAGAACCUCAGUCCGCCCAUCAUGAAGCAAGUACUUCCUUUAGUUGAGCAACUCCCUCCCUUGUACAUGGACUUGGUCAAGGGGAGAGAGGACUUUUCUCCAAAGCCAGAAGAAACUCGACGACUUAUAAAGUCCUAUUACGGAAUCUCGAGGAAUCUUUUGAUAAAAUUUAAGGACGAUUCUAUCGACGAAACAUCAACUCUAGCACAGGUCCUCAGUUCAGAAUCGGCUAUUAGUUCAAUGCUGGACAUGUCAAUUCGUUUGUUGCCAGGAGAUCACGGUCUUCCUCUGCAGCAGGCUCUUCCAGAUGUUCCACCAGCAAUGGCUGAUGCAGUAAACAGGGGAAGUGAGUUCAUCACCAAUAUGACGGUGGGGACACCGUGGGAGACAGUAGCCAAAGAGAUGGGAAAUACUUUAGGUGUUGACCCGAGGUCGAGGAUUCUUCGUGCACAAAUAUCCAAGGAAAUAGACGUGCUUGUCGAUGUUGUCACAUCAUGGGUGGCUUCAAACACAGGUCCCAAACUUUUGAGAUCUUAAUUAUGGACGGUUUCAGGACUCUUUCUGAUGGAAAGGUGUGUCAAGAAUCUAUAAGGGAUAGCAGUUUGUAGUGCUUGUUGAGUUCUGCAGAAACUAUUGUAAAUGUGUUGGAUAGGGUUUUUAGCCCUCCUGGGGUCCUAUGUUCUGUAUAGGGAUAAUAUUCUGGGUGUCAGCAAUAGAGCACGUUUCUCCAGAAGAAAUAUGUGGGAAUGUGUAGACAAAGGAUGUUUGAAGCAUCAUGUUUCAUAUGAGGGGAAAAAUUGUCUUGUUGAUGCUAUCUGAUGAAAGGUAUGUGUAAAGAACUUACGGGAACCAUAUGCUGCAGGCUGUAAUGAUGUUUGACUGUGUUUCCCCUUGAA